AUGAAUCCAUACAGAUAUGAUCGACCUCUUGGGGCUAGGGAGCAGGAGGGCAUGAACACGAUCCCGUUUCCCCCAUUUCCAUAUGAUCCAGCAGAUGAGAUGGAUAGAAAUAGCUUCACGCCUCCGCCGCUUAGGUUGCAAGGUCCACCACCUCAAUAUCUUGGAGCACAAGGGAGACUGCUUGGAUAUCCAGGAGAACCUGCAAAAUAUCCUACUGCUGCUAGGGGGAAGAUGGAUGCAGACACAGUUACUCACACUCAUACGCACCAUCACUCUUAUAUGGAGAACAACUUUAGACCACAGCAGCCCAUUUCUUAUGAUGCAGCACCCCGCCACGCACUUAUUCCUCCUCCACCAGACCUGAGAGGCCCCCCUAACCCCUAUAUUUCAUCUUCAGGGCACCCAGGGAAUUUUGCUGCAGCUGCAGCUACGCCUGAAGGUCCACCCCAUUCACAGGAACGUCCUCGGCCUUUCUACCGAGGUGUUCCCUCAUUCGGGCAGCAUGCACAAGUACCAGAACUGACCGGGCCUGCUCUGGCAAGAUCAAGACACACUAGCCAGGAGCUUCAAGAUACAGACCACUUGCCUUCCUCCCGUCCUAUCUCCCUGGCCUCGCUUGCUACUAUCACGGCCAAGGGCAAGGGGCCAAGGGCUGGAACACCACAGGGAGUCGACUUGGGUGACGAGAAUCCAGGUGAUUUGGAUAUGUUUUAUAACAACCACCGAACCACGGGUACAAGAUCAAACCCUAGGAUGCUAGCGGGUCCCAGUGCAUCCUUGAUGGCUCACCAACUGCAAAAUGUGCCUAGAGUUGAUGUUAGAGGACACCAUGGACAGGCAGGAGAACUUAUAUCUCAAUAUCACCAUCAUCAGAGCCCACAACGCGCACUUAACUCUGGACAGCAUAUGUUUUCAGUCGACCCAGGGGCGCCUCAAUAUCAAAACCCAAACAUCGCUCCACCGAUUCCGUGUCAGCCUCCCCAUAUUAAUUAUGCAAAGCAUGCAACUGUGUCAGCACCCGCAACAUCAGCGCCCACUCCAGCGCCGCCGAAGACCAGACCGGCAACUCCAACUGGCCCUUAUGUUAUGGGACCCGAUGAUCUUAGCCCUACUAAACAAGAGGAGAAGUUCAUGGCUCAGAAGAUGAUGCUGGAAAGGCUUGAAGAUAAUUCGAUCAACGACACUCUUGAAAUUGACUUCUCGAAACUUGGUGUUAAUCAAACCGAUCACUACCUGGAUCUCAUUGGCGCUCCACCUAGACCUAGGCCCGAAGUGGAAAAUACCGGAAACGAAGAAGGUCGACAAAAUGGAAUGCGUACAAACAUAGAUGAAAAACAGCAUGGGCCUAAGCUGACAUCCCCUCAGGGGGUAGUUCCAGGGAAAUCUACAAUGGCAACCCGGACCUCCCCUGCCGUAACUGGCCACGAUAUGUCAAGUGCUAGUGACACUCGAGUUUCAGGGACUCGUCGUCAGGAACAUAAAGAUGUCGCGGCUCAAACGAAGACAUCCCAGUUCUUAUCAGCUGCAUCCCAUACGCAGUUAAUUAAAUCUAUCAGCCGCGAUGCGGACGAUGACUUCGAUAGCCCAGCAUGGGAAGUUAGCAAUCUACGACGUGCAGGGCUCAUUCCGCCAAUCUCCUCUGGAGCAAAUGAUAAAAAGGAUAGCGUUUCCCAUCCAUUAGAAACCCACCAGGAGGUUCCGCCCACUGAUUAUACCGGGCCUAUAUUUGGCCGUUAUAUCGGUGGACAUGUGAGCAUGCAACCAGAUUUUGUCUACCGCCCAGUUCCCUGGUCUAUUUCCACGGCAGAAGAAACUAAAAAGGCCAAAGAAGCCGAAGAGGCCUCGAAACCGUCGUCUCCUAGAGCUUCCAAGUUCCCACCUCCAGGUUUACCACCUCCACCCACCUUACUGGAAAGCCCAAUCGGCAAGAAUCGUGCCACAAUUAAGUCUGCCAGCGACAAAAAAGCCCGUAUAAACGAAACUCUCAAGUGGUACCGCGCCGAUCGUCGUUGGAAUGAGGGGCUCCGCGAACGUUUAGGGGAUAUUGUGCAAGACUACAAGGAAUGCAAUGGUGAUAUAAAUGCAGCAACCAGUGCUAGCGUGAGCCGUGAUAUGGCCGAACGAACCACUGGUUUACUGGCUCAGGCCAUUGCAAACCUCCAAUCCUAUCUUGAUGGAAACGCGAAGGACCAGGCUGGGAAUUUUGCCAAUUAUGGCCCAGUCCCGGACGAAUGCUGUGACUCGUGCAAGGAUGGUAGCUUUAGCCUCUUCGAUGUCCAGCCUGGUCCAUUCAGAGGCUCCGAGACGAGGAACUAG